CAAAGAUGGCAGUCCUCGCUCGCAUGCGGUGCAAUGUUGUUGAUAAACUGCUUUCCCGAGAAGAGCCAACAAGUGGACUCGUUUGCUUGAUAAAACUGUUCCAAACAGUCAUAAACUCAAUUUGAACCCAAUUACUUCGAUUCGUACAGACAAAAUUCCAAUAUAUCUGCUGCAGAAUGGGACGAUUUGGGCCAACGCAUCGUAAAAUCCCAGUUCCAAAGCGGCAUGGUGUUCGUGAUCCGCUGAAACGGCUCGCCGAGAAGGAAGCUUCCAUGAAAGAUAAGAUAAACAAUCCACCGAAGGAACACGAUGUGCAAGAAGUGUCGAACCGUUUCAAGCGAUUCAUGGCCAUGGCCAAUGAAGCCAGCCAGCCAAAUCAAAAGACCAGCCGUUCAAAGCAAAAGUCAAAACUACGCAUAGGCAGCACGGUAAUCGAAAAGCGUCCCCGGGAAUCGGAGGAGGCGUUCCUGAACCGUGUCGGAAGGGUGCAGGAGGACCGCGAGGUAGAGGCCCGGAUUGGUACCAAAUUUGGCGUGGAGGUGGAGCACGAUGACAAAUCCGGAGCAAUUCGAGUAGUCAAACGGAAGGGCAUCGAGGUGGAUGGUAUGUUGCAAAAAAUAAGCGAUGAAAGCUCGGGCAAGACUGGGGCGAGGAAAAGUAAGGCGGCCGAUGCUGCCAAAACGCGCAAAGCGCAGUUAGCGGAACAGAAGGCACUGAAGAAGCAGAAAGCGCUAGAACGACGACGAGAGGAGGAAGAUCUGCUGCUGAAAGAGUUCCAGUACGAACGGGUGCCGUUCGGCGAGGUAGUAAAGGAACCGCCAUCACUGCACACACUACCCCGGCGAGCCACCAGGGAAGGUGCACCACGGCCUGGAAGCAAAAGUCUGCUGCUGAGCUCAUUGCUUGGACAAAAACAAGCAGAGGAAGAGGAGCCGGUGCUGAAGAAAUCGUCCAAAAAGAAGGAAAAAGAAACGAAAGUAGAUCUCAAAGGAAAGCGCAAGAAGCUACCGAUCGCGGCGAGAAUGAAGAUUGAACGGGAACAGCAAAAUGUCAUAGAAAUGUACCGGCAGUUGAAGAAGAAAGUGAAGCAAUAAAAUAGAGGUACGCCUGAAGCCGACGCUUUCCGACGGUUUUCCUAUG